UCUGUUCCGAUAUUGAUAUUGUUUAUACUUAUUUUUGUUCUUAUAUAGAAACAAUCUAAUUUAUUCUUUGAUUCAUUGUCUUCAAAAUUAUAACAAAUGAUAAAAAUAUCAGCAUUGAAUGACGAGAUAGAAGAAGAGAGUGGUUCCGAGGAGGAAGUAACCAGGGAAGCUCUAGAACAAAUUGCACUCCAACAGUAUGCAAAAGCUCUGGAUUUGCAAAGAAAAGGGAACCUUAAUGAUGCUACACAACUUCUCAAAGAUCUACUGGAUACCGAGUUGCUGUAUGACGUCAAGAAGCCGGCAGAAGGUGAGAAAGUUACAGGACCAUUGUUCAACUUAAAAUACUUGUGCUAUAAAAAUCUUGCAGCCAUGUUGAGUGCUGCUGACGAGAUUGAGGCCGCUAUAGAUUGUUAUUGCUCAGCUUCCGAAUUAGAUGACACUGAUAUCACACUUUGGCACCGUCUUGGUCAACUAUGUAUGAAAGCUAAACGGUUUGAAAUGGCUUUACACUCGUUUCAACAAGGUGCUAAUUGUAACCCACGCCAUUGGCCCUGUCUUGACAAGAUUGUAACUUUAUUAUUGGGCUUAGAUUGCAAAGAGGAGUGCAUUUCAACUAUAUAUGACACACUGCAACUCGAUCCUGGUUAUUUAAGAGGUUUGGCUUACAGGAAACACAUAUAUACAGUUUAUCCAUACAUAAGGGAAUAUAUGGAAUACCUUAAUCCAAUAUAUAAAUGGGUAGAAAAGGAUGAUGAACCAAUUGAUGAUGAGAAAGCACAGAAAUUAUUAAAAGAAGCAGAUGAUAUAAAUGAAGUAUUUUUGGAGCAGCAACGAGCUCAACAGUUCAAGUAUGUUUUGCCAGAUUUAAAAUUAAAAACACCAAUAACUAGUCUGACAUGGAAAUCUGUCGGAGAGUCACUUGUAAAUAUGCAUAAUUACAUGACUGAUAACUGUUAUAGUCAUGCUUGUCGUAUUGAAAUGAUUUUUGAGAAGGAAGAAAAAGAGGAGCCUAUGGAGGUCUGUGAUGAACCCAAAGAAAUUGAACCAGUUGACAGUAAACCAGAAGAAAAUAAUGUGGACACUGAAAAAAAUGUUGAAAUAGUAUCUGAAAAUGAAAACAAUGAUUUAUCCGAUAAAGAUAAAGCUGCAACUGACACUGAAAAAGUUGAGAGUGAUGUGGAGCUUGUAUCUACAGAAGUAGCAACUGAUGCCCAACCUGAACCAAAAGUACAAAAGAAGGCUCCAGUUAGACGACGUGGUAGUGAUCUAAGCUUUUUGCAACAGUGGGAAUGGUGCAAUAAGCGCCGUUCUGGCCGCAAAAAGACAGUAAAUAGGCAAGAUCAACUUGAUGAUAAUAUCUAUGAUACCUUAAGAAGAAUGGUGCCUGCUAGUUUAGCUCCAGAUUUAAUACCGAAGAAAGAGAACCAGGUGAAUGAAUCAAUUGACAUGACCGAUUUAGACAAACUGUUUGAAGGAAAAGAAAACAGUGAGCAAAAGGAAAAUGAGAAAUAUUUUAGCACAGAAAUGGAACAAAAAGAUGUAAAACAGUUCAUUACAAAAUAUACAGAAAAUAAAAAAGACAUCAUUGAUAUAUUAAAGGAUUAUUUACUCAUAUUAGCUAAGAAAUGGAAAACAAUAUGGCCUCAGGAUUUGCCAAAAAUCUUCAUUGAAGCAAACAAAUGUUAUAAUAAUCAUAUUGAUAUUCCAUCAUGCACAGAUAAUAAUAACUAUGAAGACUCAAUCAAUUAUACUGUCAUUAAUAUACUGGCAGAAGAGUUUUCUGUAAAUGAAAAACUAAACUUAGAAACAGAUGAAAAACAAUUUCAUGAUUUAAGUGUCAUUGAAACAAUUGGAAUAGGUUUAAAUCUAAAACCGCAUAUAUAUUCUGGUACUGAUUGUUUGGAAUUAGUGUUAAGGCAUCUUUGGGUGAAGCUACAUAUUCACAUUUUGAAUAAAUCUGAGGAAUUUGGUUUAGAUUGUCUGUAUCAACUAUUAUAUGAGUUUGAAGCAAUGGGAGAUCACCAUGAAUCGUAUAGUUUAAAUGUUGCUAAUUUUACAUUUAAACCAAUUAUAAAUAAAACUGAGAUAUUAGCAUCUAUUAAAUUUUUAGAAAGAAAUAAAAAAUUAGCAACAGUUGUGGAUCUUUAUGAUAGAGGUUGUUAUGAAGAUGUGUUGGCAAUUAUUUUAGAUUCCUUUGAACACUGUAAAGAUGUGGCUAGAAAUCAAGAGGAUAAUAUGUCUUUAGACUUUGCUGUGCAAUUGUCUAUAAUACUAGAUACAUAUUGGGCUUUGAAUAAAGCAGAUGAAUGUUUCAAGUGGUCAUUAAUUUGUUUGCAUGAGGCAUUAAAGCAUUACUUUAGGCAUACCACAGGAUCAGCAGAAUAUGAAAAGUGGACUCUAGCUGUUGUCAAAAUUCUCUGUAGUAUUGAUCAUAUACUGGCUACUGAAGGUCCAUCUUGUUUGGAUGCAGUUUCUCAAAUAGAACUUAGCCAGGGUCUUGAUGAUUUAAUUAGAAUAAUUGGUCAUCAAGUGGAAACUAAUGCAGCAGAAAUGCCUUUUGGAACUGUAGUUCCUUGGAUUGUAAUGCACUAUAUAUUACAAAGAGAGGAAGAUCAAGGUAGGGGUAGGACUGCCAAUGAUAAAGAAAAAGUAUCCUGUGAUGAAAUUCCUAAUUCCUUAAUGUUAUUAUUUAUAGCACACGAACAGUUAGGUGGUAGGCGUUGGUGCUGCAAAUCUGAUGGCAAACUUCUCUAUUUCAUUCUUGACACAGUUGUUCCUAGAUUACGUUCCCCAUCUUUAUCAAAAUCCUUAGAACAAAUCUGUCAAUAUAUGGAACAAUGUGUUUAUUGUCUAUUUGGUCAUCCUGGAAAGAAAACUAAAGUAAAAUAUUUAAUUGAUCACAACAUUACAUCUUUUCCGUUAGAUUGGAAAAGAGCUCAGCAGGUGUAUGAGAUUUUUCGACCUCCUAUUCUUCCAGCUCUGGAGGGCAAAAUCACUGGUAUCACAACAGAAAUCGAGCAAUUAUUCCAUCGUAUUUUAGCUUUACUACCUCCUGAAAACGACCCACAGAAAUAUGUAUUUGAAAUGAAGAAAUACAUUAAAGGAGCUGAAGAGAAAUUACCUUCAGUGCCACCACUUUUACCCUAUAAAAUGAAAGAUAUUUAUUUUCUUCUUGGUGAUUAUUAUUUCAAAAAGGAAGAGGCAAAAAUGUCAGUUAAAUUUAAUAUGCUUGACAUAACAAUAAACAAUGACCGCCUCGAAUCAUGGGCUGAAAUAUCGUUAGCUAAAGCUGUAAAUCUAGAAAGAAUACUAAAUUCAUGCAAGAAUUUUAAUAAUGAAAGAGAGUUUUUAAAUCCUGCUAAAUCUAUCAUAAAAUGUUUUAAAAGAUCACUGGAAUUAGACCCAACUCAUUGUAAUAUGUGGAUUGAAUAUGGUAUAUUUGUGUACACAGUUCAUUCAUUUUGUUCUAGGCUUUUAAAACAGGCUAGUGAAUCACUGAGCAUGGAGGAUUUUGAAGCCUUAGAAAAACAAAAAGAGAACAUGUUAGAUACCACACAAAAGUGUUUUACAACAGUACUUGGUGAUCUUAAUAGUAGCAAUGACACAGAAAAAGCCAACGAAGAUUCUUGGCUUCAUUAUUACAUGUUGGGAAAAGUAGCUGAAAAAAGAAAUAAACCUCCGUCUGUAUACCUAGAUUAUUACAUGCAAGGCGUGAAGAGUUUACAAGAGACGGAUGCGACAUAUCCACUAAAAAUUAAUUAUAGCUCACCAACACAUCUAUGUAUUGAAGUAUUAGAACUUCACUAUAGAAUUCAUGCCUCUAUAUUGAAGUACAUAGAACAACAUGAAAAUAAAUGUAUUCCAUCAUCUGUAGGUAAAAUAUUCACUACUUGCAUAGAAGAGUGGAAUAAGGGACCGUUUUCGAAAAAAUCUAAAAAGGACAAUGUUAUUGAAACAGAUACGGAAGCAAAAGCAGAGCCCGUUCAAGCAGCAAAUAUACUUAAACGCUCAGUCAGUGAUGCAGGAGAAGAAGAAACCACGGAAGUGAAGCGACAAAAAUUAGAAUCGGCUGCAGCGAAAGUUCGCAGGUCCGCAUCAUAUGACACUGAACGAACCGCUCCUAAAGAAUCUCUAGUUCCUAAUACUGAAAUUAUAGUAAUAGGUGAAUCAGAUAAAGCAUGUGAAAUUAAGGUAACUGUAGAAGUAAAUCGCGAUACAGAAAUGGUAACAGAUGAAGUUAAAACUAUUUUGGAAGUGAAUAAGCCAGAUGAUCUCAUCAAUCAGCAAAGUGAUGAUAUAAAAACAUCCAUAGAAAAUAAAAAAGAAGCCGAAACAAAGAAAAAAGAGGAAUCAUCGAGUACUACAUCCACUACUUCAUCUUCCGAUUCUAGUUCUAGUAGUUCAUCUACAGAUAGUAGCAGUGAUUCUAGUCGGGAUAGCGAUACAUCCACCAAAUCAUCUGGUGACUCCAAACCUUUGACUGAUGAUGAAAUAAUGACAAUUGUAGGAGCUUGUUUGGAUGCAUUAGAGGAUUGCGCGAGUAGAUUUCCGCCUCAUUAUAAAGCAAUAUACAGGCUAGCUCAUUAUCAUUUUUAUUAUAAGAAGGGCAGGGAUAUCGAAAGGUGCAGAGAUCUUAUGUUAUCAAGCUUUACAUCUAGGUCGGGACAGAAAUUGGGUGGUUUAUUUAGUGAACGCAAGUCUGCAAAUUUUUUCAAUAACAUAUGGAAGAUUCCAAUGAAUGAAGUAGACAGAGGCGGUGGUUUUGCAUUUCAUAUGAGCCGGUCGGUUCAGUUGACAAUGGAAAUUUUAAAAGAAAUAGAUGACCAUAAAACAUUGCUUGAUUUAAGUAUGCAAUUGCAGAGAAUCCCGGAACCUGAUAAGAAAUAUUUGAGGGAUUCUGAUAGGGAGGAACUAGCUCACCAAGCGUUCUCUCUUUGUGUACAAUCACUUAAGGGGCAACUCACUAAGUUUAGCCAACAAGCCGACCUGAAAAGUAAUGAUGUGGAGAAAGAAGCAUUAAAAAGCUUAACUUUAGAUAUUUAUAGAGCAUAUAUGAAAGCGCAGAAGCAACCUAAUUCUAAACAGUUAACAAAUUUACUCGUCGAAGCUUAUAAAUUGGAUUGUCCAAUACCAAUACCAGAAAGUAUAAAUCUUGUAGAUGUCAGUAUGAAACACUGUCAGUCUCUCAUACAGACAUUGAAACAGCAAGCAACUCUUGCUAGUUUAGAUAAAAGUCAAAACGCACAAAAGAAGCAAACAGCUAAAAUUGCUGAGACUGUUAAAAUGGCGUCCGUAAUAACCAAUGUGCCGAAAGUACAUCCGGAAACAAAGGCUCCGGCACCUUCAGUGCCUGUGUCUGGGUCUGCACUACCAAAAAUGUCUCCUCACGAAAUGGCAGCAGCCUUCCAGAGUUACUUGCCAAUGAUGAGUGAUCCAUUACAUCAACGGACUGCUGCUGCAUUAUCGUAUUUGAACAAUAUAAGCGCCUUAGCAAGUUAUACAUCGUUACAAAAUACUUUGCAAACAACUAUACAGAGCACUCUUCAAAAUUCCUUUCAAGCUGAGUUCUACCGUCAGUAUAUUGGACAAAACUUCUCAUCCGCCUACAUGCCACCUGCCAAGAAACAGAAAAGAGGACCCAAACCAUCAAAUUCUCGUUCCACGGCUUUUAAUAGCACGCAAAUAAGGAGCACAAAAUCAUUGCCAACCACUUCUAUAACUGCGGUUGCGAAAACUACACCAUCGUCAACAGCAUCUGGUUUACAGAAGUCCUCGUCAUUGACUCCCAGUAUGGGCACAGUGUUGUCAAGUUUGCCUGCAUCCAUGACGGCCAAUUUAUCCACAUAUGGUUCCUCUUCUCACUCAACAUCUGUUUCUUACUCUAAAGUGCACAGUUCAGUACCAUCUCAAGCUCAUAUGUCUAGUACUUCGACUGUGAACUCGGUAAUCCACACAAAACCUCCAAUGCCAUUACAGCAAGUCAGCCCGGGUAAAACACUGCAGGAAAAAUUGGCCGAACGUCAGAAAAACUUGCCGAAGACAGUGCACACGCAGGAAAUUAAUGCAUCUAUUAGUAAGCUGCCUUCCUCUCUAACGAUAACAAAAACUUCUGUCUCCAAACAGACGGUUAUUCAAGGCAAAAAAUCUGAUAGUAAGAAAUCCUUACAAUUCAGCGGAGAUUCUCGACCGAAACCGAUUGCUUCAGACGAAGUUAUAGUAUUAGAUGACGAUUAGACUGUUAGGAUUAAAUUAUGAUUAUUAAAUAUAAUAUUAUG